GGCCGCGCCCGCCCGCCCUGCCGCCCUUCCCGCCGCGGCCCCGGCCAUGAGGUUGGGCCGGAGAGACGGCACCUGUGCGGGGAGGUGAGCGGAGCUCCGGCGCCUUCCUCCUGCCUCCGGGCAGCCGCCGCGGCGGGGAAGAAGAGGGGAGCGAGGAAGGAAAGGUUUUUUUUUUUUUUUAUUUUUAAUAUUCCUAUAUAUUUUUGGGUGCCAUCAAUCCCGAGCCCGUAACCGAAGCCCCCGGAGGGAGAAGUGCUGCGCGCUGUGAUGCGUCUUCCUCUCGCCUCGGCUGCCAGUUUGGAUUGUAGCGCCCGGCUCUGUGCUCUGAGAGAAUGGCUCGGUUCGGGGAUGAUCUGCCAACACGCUAUGGAGGUGGAGGGCCGGCCGGGGCUGGAAGAGGGAGCAGCCGGCAAGGUGGCCCCCAAGCCGGCCAAAGGAUGUAUAAGCAAUCGAUGGCUCAGAGGGCCAGGACUAUGGCUCUCUACAACCCCAUCCCUGUCAAACAGAACUGCUUCACAGUCAACAGAUCCCUCUUCAUCUUCAGUGAAGAUAAUGUUAUACGGAAAUACGCCAAGAGAAUAACAGAAUGGCCUCCAUUUGAAUAUAUGAUUUUAGCUACAAUCAUAGCCAAUUGUAUUGUGCUGGCUCUGGAACAACAUUUGCCGGAUGGAGACAAGACACCUAUGUCAGAAAGAUUGGACGACACUGAACCGUACUUUAUUGGAAUAUUUUGUUUUGAAGCUGGUAUAAAAAUCAUCGCUCUAGGGUUUGUUUUUCACAAAGGCUCUUAUCUCCGAAAUGGCUGGAACGUGAUGGAUUUUGUUGUGGUCCUCACAGGGAUUCUAGCAACCGCUGGGACUGAUUUUGACCUGCGGACCCUGCGAGCUGUCCGAGUGUUACGACCCCUGAAGCUUGUGUCAGGAAUCCCAAGCUUGCAGGUUGUCCUCAAGUCCAUCAUGAAGGCGAUGGUGCCCUUGCUCCAGAUCGGGCUGCUUCUCUUCUUCGCCAUCGUCAUGUUUGCCAUCAUCGGGCUGGAGUUUUACAUGGGGAAGUUUCACAAAACCUGCUUCUCCAACGAGACAGGCGAUGAGGUGGGAGAUUUUCCUUGUGGAGAAGAGCCUCCAGCCAGGCAAUGUGAGAGUGGGACCACCUGCAGGGAAUACUGGCAAGGACCCAACUACGGCAUCACCAACUUUGACAAUAUCCUGUUUGCUGUGCUCACCGUCUUCCAGUGCAUCACCAUGGAGGGAUGGACUGACAUCCUCUACAACACUAAUGAUGCUGCAGGAAAUACAUGGAACUGGCUUUACUUCAUCCCUCUCAUCAUCAUUGGCUCUUUCUUCAUGCUCAACUUGGUGCUGGGCGUCUUAUCAGGUGAAUUUGCCAAAGAACGAGAGAGGGUAGAAAAUCGCCGAGCUUUCCUGAAACUCCGUAGACAACAGCAAAUUGAACGAGAGCUGAAUGGAUAUUUGGAGUGGAUCUUCAAAGCAGAAGAGGUGAUGCUGGCAGAGGAAGACAAGAACGCAGAAGAGAAGUCUCCUCUGGACGGGAGGGCCGCCUCGGAAGGGCCGAUUCCACAAGGCACGGCACCGGCAGAGACUAGCAGCGGCAGCAGCUACAACAUGUUGAAAAGAGCUGCAAUAAAGAAGAGCAAAAAUGACCUGAUUCAUGCUGAAGAAGGUGAGGACCAUUUCACAGACAUUUGCUCCGUUGGGUCUCCUUUUGCCCGUGCCAGUUUGAAGAGCGGGAAGAACGAGAGCUCCUCCUACUUCCGGAGAAAAGAGAAAAUGUUCCGGUUCUUCAUCCGGCGCAUGGUGAAAGCUCAGAGCUUCUAUUGGAUUGUGCUCUGCGUGGUUGCCCUCAACACGCUCUGCGUUGCCAUGGUGCACUACGAUCAGCCAGAGAAGCUCACCACUGCUCUAUAUUUUGCAGAGUUUGUUUUUCUGGGUCUGUUCCUUACUGAGAUGUCUUUGAAGAUGUAUGGACUGGGGCCAAGAAAUUACUUCCAUUCUUCAUUCAACUGUUUUGACUUUGGGGUGAUUGUGGGAAGUAUUUUUGAAGUUAUUUGGGCUGCAGUGAAACCUGGUACCUCAUUUGGCAUCAGCGUUUUGAGAGCUCUUCGACUCCUGAGGAUUUUCAAAGUAACAAAGUACUGGAAUUCCCUGAGAAAUCUUGUGGUCUCCUUGCUGAACUCCAUGAAAUCCAUCAUCAGCUUGCUCUUCCUGCUGUUCCUGUUCAUUGUGGUGUUUGCUUUGCUGGGGAUGCAGCUCUUUGGAGGACAAUUCAACUUUCAAGAUGAAACACCAACCACAAACUUUGAUACCUUCCCUGCUGCCAUCCUGACAGUAUUCCAGAUCCUGACAGGGGAAGACUGGAAUGCGGUGAUGUAUCACGGGAUCGAAUCACAAGGUGGUGUCCGCUCAGGAAUGUUUUCCUCCAUUUACUUCAUCGUCCUGACGUUGUUUGGCAACUAUACACUCCUGAAUGUCUUCUUGGCUAUUGCUGUUGACAACCUUGCAAAUGCACAAGAGCUGACCAAGGAUGAAGAGGAGAUGGAAGAAGCUACAAAUCAAAAGCUUGCUCUGCAAAAGGCCAAGGAAGUAGCAGAAGUCAGCCCCAUGUCUGCAGCUAACAUUUCCAUAGCAGCUUUUGUAAAGCAAACUCGAGGUACUGUAUCUCGCAGCUCGUCAGUCUCCAGCGUAAAUUCACCCAAACAGCAGAACUCCUCCAAAUCCAAGUCUGUUUGGGAGCAGAGGACCAGCCAGAUUCGGAUGCACAAUUUCCGAGCCAGCUGUGAGGCACUAUACAAUGAGCUGGAUCCGGAGGAGCGGGUGCGUUAUGCUACCACCCUUCACAUCCGGCCAGACAUGAAGACUCAUUUGGAUCGGCCUCUGGUGGUCGAGCCAAGGAGUGAAGGGAGGAACAACAUCAGCAAGCUGAGUCCAGUGGACGUGCAGGAAGUGGAGCAGACCAAGGUCAGCUCUACGGAUGGUGCAGAGGCUCCCCGAAAACACCACCGGCAUCGGGAGAAAGACAAAUUGGGAGAGCAAGAGAAGGGUGAUGUGGCCAAGGAUGAGAAUGGGGAGUCUGGCACCAACAACAAGGAGGAGCGGCACCGGCAGCACAGGAGCCGCAGCAAGGAGGUGGAAGGGGGCAGUAAGGAAGGGAAAAGUGAUCGCAACAGGAGUCAGGAAGGGGGAAAGAGACACCAUCGCCGGGGGUCAGUGGAAGAAGGUGUGGAGAAGGAGCACCGCAGGCAUCGAACUCAUCGUCAUUCUGCCGAACGGCAAGGCAAGGAAGGCAACGGGACAAUCAACGGGGCUAGGAGCGAGCGGCGUUCCCGACACCGGGGAGGAUCGAGGUCUGGGAACCGGGAAGGAGAUCCCAGCUCAAAGGGAGAGAACAGCGAAGAGCCUCACAGACGCCACAGGUUCAGGAGCAGAGCGUUGUCGACAUAUGAGUCAGUGGAGAAGGAAAAUGGGGAGAAGGAGGGGGAGGCUGGAGAGAAAGAGCAUCGCAAUCACCAGGCCAAGGAGAAUCAGUGUGAGAUAGAGGCUAGUGGAAGUGUGAGUGUUGUCCCUGUGCACACCCUUCCCAGCACCUAUCUGCAAAAAGUGCCGGAGCAGCCUGAAGAUGCUGACAACCAGAAGAAUGUGACUCGGAUGAUUCAGCCACCUCUGGACAAAACCACCACUGUGAACAUCCCUGUCACUAUCACCGCCCCUCCAGGGGAAACCACUGUCAUACCAAUGAACAACGUUGAAUUUGAAAGCAAAACAGAGGAGAAGAAAGAUGUAGACGACCUGACGAAAAAUGGGCCUAAACCAAUCUUGCCUUACAGUUCCAUGUUUAUCUUAAGUCCUACAAAUCCAAUUCGGCGCCUGUUCCACUACAUCGUCAACUUGCGCUAUUUCGAGAUGGUCAUCCUCAUAGUUAUAGCCCUCAGCAGCAUUGCCCUGGCUGCAGAAGACCCUGUCCAAGCUGAGUCACCAAGGAACGAUGCUCUGAAAUACUUGGAUUAUAUAUUUACGGGUGUCUUUACCUUCGAGAUGGUGAUCAAGAUGAUUGACUUGGGGUUGCUGCUCCACCCUGGCUCCUAUUUCCGUGACCUGUGGAAUAUCCUGGACUUCAUUGUGGUCAGUGGGGCCUUGGUGGCAUUUGCCUUCUCAGGAACCAAAGGCAAGGACAUCAACACAAUCAAGUCACUGCGAGUGCUGCGAGUCCUAAGACCAUUGAAGACCAUUAAACGGCUGCCAAAACUAAAGGCUGUCUUUGACUGUGUGGUGAAUUCCUUGAAGAAUGUCCUCAAUAUCCUGAUAGUUUACAUGCUGUUCAUGUUCAUUUUUGCUGUCAUUGCUGUGCAACUCUUCAAAGGCAGAUUCUUCUACUGCACCGAUGAGUCGAAGGAGCUGGAAAAGGACUGCAGGGGUCAAUACCUUGAUUAUGAAAAAAACGAAGUGGAGGCGCAGCCCAGGGAAUGGAAAAAAUAUGAGUUCCACUAUGACAACGUGCUCUGGGCUCUGCUAACGCUUUUCACAGUCUCCACAGGAGAAGGGUGGCCAACUGUGCUGAAGCACUCAGUGGAUGCUACCUAUGAGGAACAGGGUCCCAGCCCUGGCUACCGAAUGGAAAUGUCUAUCUUUUACGUGGUGUAUUUUGUUGUCUUCCCUUUUUUCUUUGUGAACAUCUUUGUGGCGUUAAUCAUCAUCACCUUCCAAGAGCAAGGAGAUAAAGUGAUGUCAGAAUGCAGCCUAGAGAAGAAUGAGAGGGCCUGCAUAGACUUCGCCAUAAGUGCCAAGCCACUGACCCGCUACAUGCCUCAGAACAAGCAAUCUUUUCAGUACAAGAUGUGGAAAUUUGUGGUGUCCCCUCCCUUUGAAUAUUUUAUCAUGGUCAUGAUUGCACUCAAUACUAUUGUUCUGAUGAUGAAGUUCUAUGAUGCUCCAGAAGCAUAUGAAGAAAUGUUGAAAUGCCUGAAUAUUGUGUUCACGUCCAUGUUUUCAAUGGAAUGUGUGCUGAAGAUCAUUGCCUUUGGUGUGCUGAAUUAUUUCCGAGAUGCCUGGAAUGUCUUUGAUUUUGUAACAGUGUUGGGAAGUAUUACUGAUAUUUUAGUAACAGAGAUUGCGGACAACUUCAUCAACCUCAGCUUCCUGCGGCUCUUCAGGGCAGCGAGACUUAUCAAGCUCCUCCGCCAGGGUUACACUAUCCGCAUCUUACUCUGGACGUUUGUGCAGUCUUUUAAGGCCUUGCCUUAUGUGUGUCUCCUCAUUGCAAUGCUCUUCUUCAUCUAUGCCAUUAUUGGCAUGCAGGUAUUUGGAAACAUUGCACUAGAUGAUGAAACUUCCAUUAAUCGGCACAAUAAUUUCCGUACCUUCCUUCAAGCCUUGAUGCUUCUGUUCAGGAGCGCCACCGGCGAAGCCUGGCACGAGAUCAUGCUGUCGUGUCUGAGCAACCAGGCCUGCGACCCGCUCUCCGGCCUCACCAAAAAGGAAUGUGGAAGCGAUUUUGCCUAUUUCUACUUUGUGUCGUUCAUCUUCCUGUGCUCCUUUCUGAUGUUAAACCUAUUUGUGGCUGUGAUUAUGGACAACUUUGAAUACCUGACAAGAGACUCCUCCAUCCUUGGCCCACACCAUUUGGAUGAGUUUGUUCGUGUCUGGGCUGAAUAUGACCCAGCUGCCUGCGGGCGCAUCAGUUACACUGACAUGUAUGAGAUGCUGAGACACAUGUCCCCACCUCUAGGCCUUGGAAAGAAAUGCCCUGCUCGCGUUGCCUAUAAGCGCCUGGUGCGGAUGAACAUGCCGAUCUCACCUGAAGAUUUAACAGUUCACUUCACUUCCACGCUGAUGGCCUUGAUCCGCACUGCUCUCGAAAUCAAGCUUGCCACAGGGGGUGUGAAACAGCACCAGUGUGAUGCUGAACUGAGAAAAGAGAUCUCGCUGGUUUGGCCCAAUCUGUCCCAGAAGACACUGGAUUUAUUGGUGCCUCCUCACAAACCCGAUGAGAUGACCGUGGGGAAGGUCUAUGCAGCACUCAUGAUAUUUGACUUCUACAAGCAGAACAAGAACAGCAGGGAACAAGUUCACCAGCCUCCUGGAGGCCUGUGUCAGCCUGGGCCGGUGUCACUGUUCCACCCACUGAAGGCCACUUUGGAGCAAACCCAGCCCGCAGCAUUCAGCAAUGCAAAAGCGUUCCUUCGUCAAAAAAGCUCUGCUUCGCUCAACAACGGGGGCACGCUGCCAGCCCCAGAGGGUGGGAUCAGAGAGUCCAGUUCCUGGGGGACUCAACGCACCCAGGAUGUGUUUUAUGAAACCAGGACACCAGCUUUUGAACGAGGACACUCAGAAGAAAUCCCCAUUGAACGGGUGGUAGAAAUGAGAGAAAUCAGCCCCACACUAGCCAAUGGAGAGCACCAACCGGGCCUGGAGAGCCAGGGGCGGGCGGCUUCCAUGCCGCGCCUGGCUGCAGAAACUCAGCCCAUCCCGGACACGAGCCCCAUGAAGCGCUCCAUCUCCACGCUGACCCCGCAGCGGCCUCAUGCCAUGCACCUGUACGAGUACUCCUUGGAGCGCAUGCCACCGGACCAGGUUCAUCACCACCAUCACCACCGCUGCCAUCGGCGGAGAGAAAAGAAGCAGAAGUCCUUGGACAGGUCCCCCCAUCAGCUGGCCGAUGGGGAAGCUGUGGCUCAGUCCGGUGAGUCUUCUUCCAAGGAUAAGAAGCACGAACGUGGCCGAUCCCAAGAGAGGAAGCAGCACUCUUCCUCCUCCUCUGAAAAGCAGCGCUUCUACUCCUGCGACCGCUAUGGCAGCCGGGACCGUUCUCAGCCCAAGUCUGCUGAUCAAAGCAGGCCCACUUCACCCAACGGUGGGCCGGAGCAAGGUCCACACAGACAGGGCAGUGGUUCAGUUAAUGGGAGCCCCUUGCUGUCGACAUCUGGUGCUAGUACCCCAUGCCGGGGUCGGAGGCAGCUCCCACAGACUCCACUGACCCCUCGCCCCAGCAUCACUUACAAGACCGCUAACUCCUCGCCCGUGCACUUCACCAGUUUCCAAACCGGCCUGCCCACUUUCUCCCCGGGACGCCUGAGCCGCGGCUUGUCCGAGCACAAUGCGUUGCUGCGCGGGGACUCCCCGCACCAGGCCCACGCCACGGUGGCCCGCAUCGGCUCCGAGCCCUACCUGGGUCACCGCGAUGACAGCGACAGCCCCUACCGCGUGGUGCCGGAGGACACGCUCACCUUCGAGGAGGCUGUUGCCACCAAUUCAGGAAGGUCCUCAAGGACUUCUUACGUCUCGUCCUUGACUUCCCAGUCGCACCAAAUCCGCCGGGUUCCCAACGGUUACCAUUACACGCUGGGCCUCAACACGGGCCCCGGGACGGGCACCAGAGGACGUAGUUAUUACCAUGAAGCUGAUGAGGAUGACUGGUGCUAGCGUCAUGGCAAAGCCCUUUAAGGUGUGCGCGUCUAAAAUCGAUGAGUUUUAUCAUCUGGAAGGCUGUGCACUCAGACACGCGUGGUACCAGGGCCCAGGAGGGAGGCAGCACUGCCCCCAGGGCAGCCCCCGCCGCGAGGACUGCUCUGCCCGCCGGCCCGAGCCCCUCCGAGACACCCGGGCAGCCUCUCUCCUGUCUUUUUCUUUUUUUGCACUAGACAAAAUCAAUGAAGAAAGAAGGAUCACUACGUGGGGGGAGCCCCUCUCUCUCUACCCCUCUCGCCCGCCUCCCUACUGCCUUGUCUAGUUCAGAGACGUACACCAGAUGCCAAAUCUGCGCCGUAUGCGAGAAGCCGAGGGCGGUCCCGCUCUCCGACGACGGAAAUCAGACUGUCGAUCCUUUUCACGACUGGCGUCGUUUUUUCGUUGGGCUCUUUCUUAUUUUUUUUUUUUGUUGUUGUGGUCAGGGUGGGAGUUGGGGAUGCAAAUGGACACACGCGAACAAAAUCGAAUCCACGUUUUGUCUUGUUCAACGCAAAGAGGGAAGAGAUCUGCCUAACAAACUGGGAGAGGAGCAACACAAAUCAGAACAAAGGACAGUCCCUUGGGACUUGAUGUUCAGUCACAGCAAUCCUUUUCAACGGAGCCAGUAACAUAUCUUUGAGCUGAUAAAACACUGCAUCGUCCGGGACUCUCUGCUUUGACACCGCUGCUGUGUGGAUCUCUUUUAUUUUACUCACUCACCACUUUGGGUCCUUCACGAUGACACACGAUAAAGCCACAAGAGAGCUACUUUGUAAGGACUGUUUCCUUGCUGCUGAAAUUUAUCUUUCCGUCCCUCUCUCCUGUCGACUGCAACACGCCCUCACUGUUUUGUCUUGUUUACAAUAUAAGCUUGAUUUAGCAAAAAACAACUAAAAAACCAGAAAAAAAGGAAAAAGCGUAGGGGUGAGAAGAAGAAAUGUUCUUGGUUUUAUAUCAAGCUAUUAGAUAGAACUUUAACUUUUCAUUGUGUGCAUUUUUGUAAAUUGUACAGUAAAAAAAAAAAGAAAAAAAAAAGAAAAAAAUACUCUUUAUGUAGAGAAUUAGUCCAAUUGUCAUUCCAGGUCCCACCGUUUCUACCGAGUGCUCCAGUUGUUCACUACUAAGUGCCUAACCUUUGAAAUCUUUCACAGCGACGAUGCAACCUCUUGCUUCAAUGCAUCAGAAGUUGGGAAAGUGUGGGGAGGGGAAGGAAGGGAGGGAGGGGAGAGCCUGGGAGAGGUGUUCGUCUCGACGCUCCGCAGUGCGUACAACACCGCACGUCUCGUCAUUGGACAGUGGUUUCGAGUACCAGGUUGGAAGCUUAUAGUGGGGAAGACAAACAUGCUUUGGGGUUGGUUUGGGUUUUGUUGGCUUUUUUUUUUUUUUUUAAUAGUUUUACUAUUGGGAGCGGGAGGGGAGUAAUUACAGCAAACAAAACCGGCCUUUUCUCAUUGACUAGAACUUAGGUCCUGCAGGGGAGAUGCAGGUGCAAGUGCAGCAUCUGCAGAGAUGCUCUUGCAGGAAGAGUAGUGUCUUUCACGCUGCAUGUCGAGUCAUAGUUUGGCUGUAAAAGCUCUGGCCAUGUUCCAUGGUGCAUAAUUUGUGUUGAGGGCAGUUGGAGAGAGUCUUGUUUUUAUUGCCUGUUAAAAGAAAAAAAAAACAAACCUCUAACUCUGAUUCUCAGGGAUGAGAUUUCUGUGUUCUUACAAUGACUCUUAUGUUGGAUGAUUCCUUUAUUUCGUGCACGUGUGGAUUUCUGCACUUUGAGCCUGGGAAAGAGACAAACGCAAUAUGCCGACAGCGAAGGGGAGAGAGGGCUUGGAGGAAACCCUCAGCGAGACCUUGCGUCCGUGGGUUUGAAGAACCGUUGAAUGGCCAAUUUGGGGCACAGCGAGGCCAGGAUUGCUGAAGACAAGUAGUACACGGACAAAAGGUUAAAGAAUGGAGGGCGGGAGGUCGCGAGUCAUCAGUGCUGGAGGAGUUUAUUGCUAAAAAUGAUGAUAGGAAAGAGGAGACAUAGUUGGCUAGCUGAAUUUUUAAGAGGAUCUACCAAGCGCUGGAACUGUGAAACUUCUAUAGGGCAGCAGUAGCUUAGGACAGGUAGAGACCCUGGUGGACCCUGGAGAUUCGUUGUGUUGCUAAGGUAGUUUAGGGCAUCACACUUUACAAAAAGCUCAGGAGGUCUCUAAUACUCUCAGCAAAGUCUUUCAGCCUCACAUGGGGAGCAGUCUGUUUUAGGGUGGUUCUUCACCCCUCCUGUAGCUUUUACCUUGAGGAAAUUCAACCUGGUUUGUUCCGUUCUCUGUUUUUUGUUUCGGUUUAAACUAAGAAUCUCUGGCCAAUCUCAUCCCUGGAUUCUGCUAAAGGAGAGCUCCUGUCUGUACCUCUGGCUCUGUCUUUACGUGCGCUUCGGCUAGAGAAGCGCAGUAGCCAGAGGUACCUUAUGGAUAACGGCCGUAACCUGCAAACGGAGGGCUAUGCAACAAGAUGACACGUAAGGAAACAAAUCAAAACAACAAACAAACAGAAAGACCUUCAUCCAUUCUGUAGCUUUAUCUGCUGGAUUUUCCUGUUUCAGGCUUCAGCAUGAUUGUGACCAAAUGUUUUAUACAUUUUCCUUAUAUGAAGGCACAAACACUUUAUUUGAAAUUUUAAAGAAAAAAAAUGUUACUAUUUUACUCCAAGAAGUAAAGGAGAGGGAAAAAGAAAUCUCUCUGACAGUGCAUGCAAACAUUGUACCCACACUGGAAAGCAAAGGAGAUGUCUUUCUGUAUUGAAUUAUUUUGUCUUUUCUCCACUCUGCCUUUCCCCUCCCUUUAUCAUUUUAGAUAUUAAAACCCACAACCCCAUACUAAUAAACCAUCUGGAAGCGCACAGCCAAACGAUGGCAUUGGAUCAUUUAAAUUCCUAUGUAGAACCCGAAGAAGAAUCUCAAGUUGUCGAAUCCUCCACCCGUCUCAUAGGGGUUGUUGCUUCAAAUGAUGACAGACAGACAAGCCAGACCACAAUUGUUCAUAACCCUUUUCCUAUAUUUUUACAGCCUCUAUGCUGUCCCUUAAAUGCAUACAUAAUAUUUCCAAGAAUUCUCAUAGUGAGUUGCCAAACUUGAAAUGCACCAAUCAGUUUUCUGCAUCCAGAACCAGUCUCGUAGUGGCUGUACUUUGAAUAAGUAAUGUUUGCAUGUAAAAUAUAUACAUAUAUACAUAUAUAUAAAAAGUAUGUGCAUGGAAAAUGUUUAUCUUCGUACUUUUUUGAUACAAUGUAUUCAUCAGUUGUUAAUUUUUAAUUAUAUUUGAUAUAAAUUGGGGGUUUGUUGCAAAACUUUAUAUUUAAAAAAACAGUGUUAAAAAUUAUAAAAGUUCCAACCAUGCAACACAACUGGAACUUUACCCAAAAAAAAAGGGAAAAAAAAGAAAAAAAAAGGUUCUGUGAUUGCCUAGUUUGCUGCCUGAGUAAUAUUUAUCAGCCAAACUUUGAAUUCUGCAGUUGUUUCUACAAUUUUGUAUGAAGCAAAGUCCUUGAAUUAAAAUAAAAACUUAGCAAAAAAACCUUACAAAUUCAAA